AUGGCGGAUGCGGAGCUGUCAUCCCCUCCGAUAGUAGCGUAUCAUCGUCGAAUCGACAGAACACCGGAGAAAACAGAUGAUAACACGUGUGAAACAACUAAAAUUAUGAAAAGUGAAUUACGUCGGGCGCUGGAAACUGUCCACACAAAAAUCACUCGACUACAAGACGAUGUUGAUGACAGGGAAAAAGAAAUUGUUGAGGAGAGGAAGCGACGAGAAGCAGCAGAGGAAAGACUUCAUGCCUAUCUAGUGGAUAUGUAUGAUGAAGACGGGGAGGUAGCAAAUGAGCUCCGUCAUCGACUGCCAAGGGCAAAUAAAACAGACCCUCUCAAGGUAGAGCCUGAAGAAAAAAUUGAAGGAGUUGUGGAGGAGCGAUUAGAGGCUGAGGUGACUGAUGGUGUACAAGCAUCCUCUGGUGACAAUAUGUCGGCUUCAAGAAACCCCGUAAUAGAUGACCUGGAGAGACAAAUUAUCAGAGACAAUAAACUACCAUUGUCAGAUGAGGAGAAUGCUACUGCUGUGGGUGGUGAUAAAGAUUCAGGUGUACAUGGAAAACAGCCGAGUCCAGGCCAGGCUACUCCUCCUCGUCCUUUCCUUCCAUUUAUGGGCAUGCCCACAGCAUCAAUGUACAUGCAGCCUGUCGCUCCCUAUAUGUCUAAUUACAUGGGUGGCCCCUAUCACCAAGGCAGUUUUCUGUCACCACCUCGUUACUACAGUCCUGGAAUUAGACCCCCUACUAUGCCACAGAGGUACAGCCCUAGUGUUCCUGGAUCAGCAAACACAUCUGGAGAACACAUAGACAAGCCUUUGAAGGUCGGAGAUUCACAAUCUAGUCCCCAGACAAGAGGGGAGAAUGGGGACCUUCCAGAGUCAUCAGGCGAAGGUCAGUCCAACGACACAGCCAAGUUGUCUCCUUACAGUCACCUAUCACCAUCUUUCUCUCCAUACAUGGUCGACCCAAACUAUCCAAGGUUUGCAAACAAUAUGGCUGGUUAUUUGUCCAAUACCAAUCGUCCAGAAGACCAAGCAAAACAGAUUGCACUAUUGUUGGCAGAGCUGGAUACUGAAAAAGCUUGUAAUAAAAAGUUGGUAGACAGAUUGGCAGAUAUGGAAAUUGAAAUGGAAACCUCCAAAUUGUCCUCGAAGACGUCCAGUACUGACCGCCACUACAAUUCAGAUGGAGAAAAAGCUGCAGCUCUUGUUCAGGAGAUCCACUCUGCUCAGAAGAAGCGAGAUGAAUCCUUAAUGAACAGAAUCAAGGUAGCCAAUCAGGAGCGAGAUGAGGCCUCGCUCAGAUUACGUAAUGCAGAGAUACGACUUGAGGACCAGGGCUACGGAACACCUGAGAGAUCAGACAAUGAAGAUUUAGAUGAAGAAGACCAGGGUAUGGAGCAGCUUCUGGCCAGGCUUGGAGGACCUGAUUCUGGAGAUGCUGUGGAACAGGAGUGCACUACACUGCUACAGAGGCUGGAAUUGAGGAAGAGGAGACAGCAGGAAAUUACUGCGGAAGAAAUCCAGGUCAUACUGGAACAACGUGAUGCUGCUUUGGCAAAGGCUCGAAGAUACGAAGAGGAACUUCUCCGGCAGCAACGGCAGGGAGCUGAUCAUAACCUUAAGGCCAGACUUGCAGCAGUCACUCAGGAGAGAGAUAUAUCUACUAGAGAGAUAAGGGUAAAUCAACAAUUGAAGGAUGAAAUAAUGACAAUUCGAAUCUACUACAGCUUACACAAAUCUUUAUCAAAAGAUUCAAAUGAUCAGGUGAACACCUUCCAAAGUGGAAAUUCAAACCUUGGAAGAGAUGGCAACAGGGAGGGAGGCCAAGAGAAAAAGGAAAGCAACACAAGUGUGGCACAGUUAAGGGAAGUUGAACAUGAAAACAUUCAGUUGGAGGCAGAUCUUCAGAAACUAGAACAUGCCCAUCAGGAGAGCAAAGACAAAAUUGUAAAGUUAGAAAGACUGGUAGAUAUCCUGCGCCGGAAAUUGAAAGGCCUUGAGUUAGAACAGGAGGAGGAGGCUAAAGCGCAGUAA